AAGGCUGUGUGCAGCUGCAGACAGGAGGAUGCCACAGCUGAGCCUGUCCUGGCUGGGGCUCGGGCCUGUGGCAGCCUCCCCGUGGCUGCUCCUGCUGCUGGUCGGGGCCUCCUGGCUCCUGGCCCGCAUCCGGGCCUGGACCUACACCUUCUAUGACAACCUUCGUCACCUCCAAUGUUUCCCGCAGCCCCCCAAACAGAACUGGUUUUGGGGUCACCUGGGCCUGGUCACCUCCACUGAGCAAGGCAUGGGAGUCGUUACUCAGCUGGUGGCCAACUACCCUCAGGGAUUUGUGAACUGGAUGGGCCCCGUCAUGCCCCUUGUCACUCUCUGCCACCCCGACAUGGUCCGGACUGUCCUCAGUGCCUCAGCUGCCAUUGCACCCAAGGACAUGAUCCUCUCCAGAUUCCUGAAGCCCUGGCUGGGGGAUGGGCUCCUGCUGAGUGGCGGUGACAAGUGGAGCAGGCACCGCCGCAUGCUGACACCCGCCUUCCACUUCAACAUCCUGAAGUCCUACGUGAGGAUUUUCAAUGACAGUGUGAACAUCAUGCAUGCCAAGUGGAAGCGCCUGACCUCGGAGGGCAGUGCCUAUCUGGACAUGUUUGAGCACAUCAGCCUCAUGACCCUUGACAGUCUGCAGAAAUGUGUCUUCAGUUUUGACAGCAACUGCCAGGAGAAGCCUAGUGAAUACAUUUCUGCUGUCUUGGAGCUCAGUGCCCUUGUGACAAAGCAGCACCAGCAAAUCAUCCUGCACAUGGACUCCCUGUACCACCUCACCACUGACGGACGGUGCUUCCGUAGGAUCUGCCGCCUGGUGCACGACUUCACAGAUGCCAUCAUCCAGGAGCGGCGCCGCACCCUUCCCGAUCAGGGUCUUGAUGGCCUCCUCAAGGCCAAAGCUAAGGUCAAGACUUUGGACUUCAUUGAUGUGCUCCUGUUGGCCAAGGAUGAAGAUGGGAAGGAACUGUCAGAUGAGGACAUCCAAGCUGAAGCUGACACCUUUAUGUUUGGGGGACAUGACACCACAGCCAGCGGCCUCUCCUGGGUCCUGUGCAACCUCGCGAGGCACCCAGAGCACCAGGAGCGCUGCCGGCAGGAGGUACGAGAGCUCCUGAGGGAACGCGAGCCUGAAGAGAUUGAGUGGGACGACCUGGCCCAGUUGCCCUUCCUGACCAUGUGCAUCAAGGAGAGUUUGCGGUUGCAUCCCCCCACCAUGGGCAUUUCCCGCUGCUGCACCCAGGACAUUGUGCUCCCAGAUGGCCGGGUCAUCCCCAAAGGUGUUAUCUGCAUCAUCAGUAUUUUCGGGACCCACCACAACCCAUCCGUGUGUCCAGACCCUGAGGUGCUGCCUCCCCCCACCCUCAUCCUUGUCCGCUCGCCUAAGGGGACCCAGGGGAGAGUGCAGGGUUCUGACCUGGCAAAUCAGACAUUACCUCCCCCCAACAUACACACGUCUGACUCUCCAAGGCUGGCGGUCCUCGGAGACCCCACCCAGCAGUCCUAUCUUGGCGUGGCUCACAGGUCUAUGAUCCCUUUUGCUUCGACCCAGAAAACAUCAAGGAGAGGUGACCUCUUGCCUUUAUUCCCUUCUCAGCAGGGCCCAGGUGAGGACGGAAGGCAUCUGAGGUGGGGAUGUGGUGAUGGGGGCAGGGGUCUGGGACUGAGAUCCCAACAUGACUGUGAGGGCGGGAAAAGGGGAAAACUGAAGAUCGGCAGAGUUCCAGCUCUCCUUCCCCCCUGCCCCAGAGGUUAUGGGUAAUGGUCUGGGGCCUGGGGUCCGUGGUGUGUUUGGAGCCCCUGCCCCCUGUCUGCUGGUCUGAGCUCGGGCUGCAGUCUGGGCCAGGCUCAGGGGAUGUGCAAGCCCUCGUGGGGUCCAGGCAUCUGUCUGCUUGCGGGCAGGGAUGGGGAUCCCGGGACAGGUUCCGGCGCGAUGGUGCGGAGAUGAAGGUCCUGGGCGCCUUCGAGCCCCCACUCCCGCCGCAGGAACUGCAUCGGGCAGACUUGCGCCAUGACGGAGAUGAAGGUGGUCCUGGCGCUCAUGCUGCUGCGCUUCCGCGUCCUGCCGGCCGGGGAGGAGCCGCGCCGGAAGCCGGAGCUGAUCCUGCGUGCAGAGGGCGGACUGUGGCUGCGGGUGGAGCCUCUGAGCGCGGGCCCCCAGUGACCCGCGGCCUCCGGACCCGGGAUCCACCCCGACCCCACACCUCACUGUGCAGAUUCCCAGGAAUAAAUCUGUGCUGUCACCUCUG